UAAAACGUCAAGAAUACCCCCGGCCCCCAGGCCCAGCCCCCUUGCCCUUGGCAAGCUUGGUCGAAUGAAGUCAAGAGUACAUGCUGUAGGUCUGAUUUUGCCUUGUAUUCAACCCAUCUGUUUCUCAAGUUGACCAUCGACGGUGGUGUACAUACAGUGGCGACCAUGGAUUUUAUUUCCAAGAGUCUCGUUUCUCCAAGCACGGCGUUAUGUUCCGUUUCAAACUGGGUGAUAUCAGGCAAUGGGUCGUUCGUGUCAGUAUACUCGGUCUCUUCAGCCACCCGUUUAUAUGGCAUGGAAGCUUUGCCACGCUGUCGGAUCCACGGCAUUCGAAAAGGAAAAAUGAGUGAUGAUGGUACUUGGCCCAUCCUCGUUUUUGGUCAACGAUCAUGGAGAGUGUUUACAGCGACAGUGUGUACAGAUCGCCAGGAGUUUCAACUGCGGGCGGUAACAGGGUCACUGCACUGCACUGAUUGGAUUUUGGAUUGUUGCUGGCUGACUGGAAAUUCGAAGCUGGCCAUUGCCACGGCCCACAAUGCUGUAGAGAUCUGGGAGGAGCAGCGGCUAGAGCAGCAGCAGGAUGCCAGGCAAUCCACGGGUGCUCUCGGCUCUUCUGAGCUGAGCGGCGACGCCAGUGCAGCAUCUACCUAUGUACAUGUGCGCAGUGCACAGUGCAGCACCGUGUGCAUACUAUAUUCCUGCUUGCUAUCUGGGUUGACGGAGAAGACUCUGAUCGUGUAUGCAGGCACUGUUUUCAAUCAGGUUCUGGUGUGGCAGCCGUUUCAAGCAGAGUCAACGAGUGAUGGGCUAGUGGAUGUUCAGCAUAGGCUAUGCGGCCACGAGGGCGUGAUCUUCUCCAUAGCACUGAGCUCCGAUGGGUGUAGGGCCUGCACUGCAUCUGAUGACCGUACUGUUCGUGUGUGGGACCUGCUGCUGCUGUCCGAUGAUGGUACAGUGGUGUCUUCCAAGUGCAUACAUGCCCUAUAUGGACACAGUGCACGUAUAUGGAAGGCAAUAUUCGUACAAGACCUUAUCGUUAGCACUGGAGAAGAUGCUCUCGUUUGUGUCUGGGAUCAUACUGGUCAUCUUUUGAAAGAGAUCAAAGGACAUCAGGGUCUCAAUGUGUGGAGUGUCUGUGCUGCUGAUGAUGGUGAUGCCACAUCACUGAGUAUUAUAACUGGUGGUGGUGAUGGUGGUAUUCGGUGGUGGUCCCUUGAUGAAAUCAAGGAGACUGUGUCUCAGCAGUUUUCUUUGUCGGUGCCAGACCUGACAGAAGCAGCUUUGCAGUCAUCAUGCGGUAAGAGACAAGACGACUAUAUCCGUGAUGUGGCCGUGUAUGAAUCUCAGCAUGUGCUUCUGCUCAUGAACUCAGGACGUCUGCUGUUGUACGAUAGCGUCAGCAAGCACAUCCAGUUGCUGUUGCAUGAGCCAGCCUUUGCGUCAUACAGUGUGAUGUCUCUUGACUGCAAGACGGGUAGAUUGGCACUUGGCGGGCUGGCUGGCCACGUGUUGUGUCUCAGUGACUGGAUGACUGAUGCUGUGUCUUGCUCUAGCUGUGUCCUGGCACAUGAUGGGAAAGUCUUCUCAGUUACUUGGGCAACUGCAUCUGCAACUUCAUCUUCUGAUGCUGGUGUUGGUGCUGGCGAAGGCGGUAGUAAUCUGUUCACGGUUGGACCAGAAGGAAGCAUGAAAUGGUGGAAAGUCAGCAACUUACCUGGGUCUGCAUUAGAUUGCCAGCUUCUUGCUGAAUUCUGCUUACCACCUUGCAAACACCGCUGGCUAUCAGCUGUGGCCAUUGUUCACUCACAAGAUGUACUAUCCCUGACAGAUAACUCUCCUAACCACCCGGUCACCUCAGCUGAUAGUGAUGCUGUCUAUGUGAUAGCUGGAGAUCGGAAAGGCUCACUGCAUACAUAUCGCUGCUCAACGGCAUGUCAAGACGCGGCAAUGCCACAGGAUCCAGUGUGUUCUUUGGUUGGUGUACAUGGCAAGAAUGGUGUAAAUGACAUACAGGUCUGUCGGGGCUGUGUCAGUAGCUGUGGUCGUGAUGGACACAUCCGUCAGUUGUCGAUAGCCCAUCCAGGCACGUUGACAGUGUGUUCAGACCGCAAGUUCUUGCCCGGCGUGGAUUGGUUGGAGAGAAUGAUUCACACUUCGGACGGACGAGACCUACUCAUUGGAUUCCAUUCUACUAACUUGAUUAUAUGGGAUUCACGGCAUGCCGAAACCGUUGCCACGGUGCCGUGCGGGGGAGGUCACCGCUCUUGGCACUACUCUCUGUCCAGUGAUGGAAACUCAGUGACGUUUGUGUUCCUGCAAGCGUGUCGUCUGCAUUAUUGUACGGUAGACAUUGGUGAAUGGUCUCGGCAACGUAUUCUUCAGAGUAGCUUCCAUGGCCGUGAAAUCACGUGUCUUACUCAAGUCUUCUCUAGCAAGACAUCAGGUAGCACCUUGUUGGCUUCCGGCAGUGAGGACUGCUCUGUGCGACUCUCAAUCUAUGAUCCAGCUGGUGGUGGUCUUCGCCCUAUUGUGCAUCCAGCAUGUGUUCACAUCUCAGGUGUUCGUACCAUGUCAGCCUCGCCACUCAGCAAUAGUCAUGACAAUGCCAGCUGGAUGCUUGUAUCCGCUGGUGGUAGAUCUCAGAUCAAGGCCUGGUUGAUAUCUGACGCCUGUAGCAACCCAGCUGCUGCUGCUGCUCUGCCUACUGAGCACAGGACGAUGGGCGAAGCAACAUCAGCUGGUGUUGUGAGCAGUAGUGGUGAGCAUGGUCACAUGGUGCAUGACAUUGCCAUUGAGUCAGUGUGUCAGUACCCUGCUCCGCUAUCACAGCGUGAACGUAGACUACGACGACAACAACCGCCGACGGCAAUGGCUGCCGAAAGCCGUGUCAUGUCAGUGUCAACGGUGAAUGUGGACACCGUAGCUCAGUGUCUCGCUGUCAAUCUCCCUACACCAGAGAGUCAGCAUCAUGCCUCUACUGCGGGUGUGUUUGCUUGGGCAGUUUACUCCGAUGGCUGGUUACGGUUACUUCACUGUGACCCGAAUCGCAAAGCAUUUACCCUUAUUGCCGAGAGUGAGCAGCAAGACCGCUCUCUGCUUUGUGUUGAGACGAUCGUUGUUCCGUCUAAGUCCUGCGUGCUGGCAGCCACGGCUGGAGGCAGUGGAGACGUGACAGUAUGGGAUUUCACCGUGGUCUUGUCAGAUUAUCUCAAGGCUGUACUGGCACACUCAGCAGCCGAUUGCGUGAAUGGCAGCUCUGCUACGACCGCUCUUGACUUGGACACUUGUCAGCAGGACAACGCAUUGCCGAGACCCGUUGUCCUGGCCACUUUGGCCUCACAACGCUGCACCGUAACGUGUCUUGAGGUGCAGAUGGUUGAUGAAGAUGACAGUAUAGUUCUAUUGUCAGGAGGUGAUGGUGGUGGUGUAACACUACACUCUCUGUCAGUGCAUGACGAUGAGCAAGGAGCGGUGAUGCUAGAGACCAAGUGGACUGCGAGUCGGACUGAUUGCCAUGGUUCUACUGUUACUGGUCUCUGCUGGCUACCUAGUGGUUGUGUUAUGUCCACAUCAUGUGACCAGCAUGUAGCUGUGUGGAAGAUAGCUGCAGUCGGCGACACAGUCAGUGAAACAGCAGCCACACGCCCACAACAAUCCUGCACAAUAGAUGAAUCACGUACCCCUGGCUCAAAUACACUCACACAGCAACCCAGUAUCCAGCCUAUAUCAAACAUGAUGUCAGAUGUUUCUGAUUGCCAUGCCAUGCUGUAUUGGAAGAACAGGUUACAUGACGGCUGCAGGCAGGCCAGUGACUAUGUUCUGGCCCUGGCAGGUGCUGGCAUGCAAUGCAUUGACUUCAAGGAUAUUGGCCGUUGAUGUUCAAACUGUGCGACGACGAUACUCCAUUAUAUCAUUCUACAUGUAGUGCAUGGCACAAGAGUUUUGCGCCAUAUUAAUUUAUUUUUGGCUUUGUACAAACCGGUUUGAACACGCAUGCACGCACACACACGUACAGAUAUCUCCCACCGCUCAUCUUCAAUAUUCAUGCUUCUUAUUUUUAUUCUAUCAAUUUUUCUUGAGACAAGACUGCCUUGCAAAAAAUAUGAAUGAACAAAGACUGGGAAGCACACCGACAACAAAGAUAAAAAAAUGAUUCAAGAAGGCACACUAGAGAAAGGAAGAGCGAGAGCAGUCGACCGGUGUUGCUGGUCACAAUAUUAUGUCACAAACUAACCAUGAUAAGACAGCAGAAUGCAGUAGUACUGUAAUUGAGUAAGUCAAAGACCGGACGCUAUGUACAAUAGUAGGAUACUAGGAAAUGAAUUGAGCGGUUGCAAGUAUGAUUCUUGCAUCAUAUAAAUUACAUACCAACACAAUUCUAGACUAUCUAACACUAUUAAUCUGGAAACAAUUGUAAUAAAAAAGGAAAUUUGGAAAUGUUGCAAACUGGA